GCGGGGCGGGGCAUGCCGGGAGCUGUAGUCUAAGGGGGCAGGCGUGGGCCAUGGCGGCGGCCGCGGCCCCGGCGGGCGGCGCGGGGCGCUCGAAGGUGGCCCCGAGCGUGGACUUCGACCACAGCUGCUCGGACAGCGUCGAGUACUUAACCCUCAACUUCGGGCCCUUCGAGACCGUGCACCGCUGGCGCCGCCUCCCACCCUGCGACGAGUUCGUGGGGGCCCGGCGCAGCAAACACACUGUGGUGGCUUAUCGGGAUGCGAUCUACGUGUUCGGCGGGGACAACGGGAAGACGAUGCUGAACGACCUGCUGCGCUUCGACGUGAAGGACUGCUCGUGGUGCAGGGCUUUCACGACGGGGACGCCGCCGGCACCACGGUACCACCACUCCGCUGUGGUCUACGGGAGCAGCAUGUUCGUUUUUGGUGGUUAUACUGGAGAUAUCUAUUCCAAUUCAAACCUGAAGAAUAAAAACGACCUCUUUGAGUAUAAGUUUGCAACUGGGCAGUGGACAGAGUGGAAGACUGAGGGAAGGUUGCCAGUGGCCAGGUCAGCUCAUGGUGCAACAGUGUACAGUGACAAACUGUGGAUCUUUGCUGGAUACGAUGGCAACGCACGAUUAAAUGACAUGUGGACAAUAGGCCUGCAGGACAGAGAGCUGACCUGCUGGGAAGAGAUUGAACAAAGUGGUGAAAUUCCUCCUUCCUGCUGUAAUUUUCCUGUGGCAGUUUGCAAAGACAAGAUGUUUGUUUUCUCUGGCCAGAGUGGAGCAAAGAUUACCAAUAAUCUCUUCCAGUUUGAAUUCAAGGAAAAGAUCUGGACACGGAUCCCCACGGAGCACCUGCUGCGGGGCUCGCCGCCCCCUCCCCAGCGCCGGUACGGGCACACCAUGGUGGCCUUCGACCGGCACCUCUACGUGUUCGGCGGGGCUGCGGACAACACGCUGCCCAACGAGCUCCACUGCUACGACGUGGACUCCCAGACCUGGGAGGUCAUCCAGCCCAGCCCAGACAGUGAGUUACCCAGUGGGAGACUCUUCCAUGCAGCAGCAGUUAUCUCAGAUGCUAUGUACAUCUUUGGUGGCACAGUGGACAAUAACAUCAGAAGUGGAGAGAUGUACAGGUUCCAGUUUUCUUGUUACCCUAAAUGCACUCUCCAUGAAGAUUAUGGAAGGCUGUGGGAAAACAGACAGUUCAGUGACUUGGAGUUUGUUUUGGGAGAGAAGGAGGAGCGAGUCCGAGGGCACACUGCGAUCGUCACCGCUCGCUGCAAGUGGCUGAAAAAGAAAAUCAUGCAGGCCAGGGAGAGGGUGAAACAAAAAUCAAAGCAAGACAUUGAAGAGGAGGGACACGCCACAUGCCAGAAGGAUGGGAUUGGUGGGAAUGUCAAGCUGUGCCGACUGCAGCCACUGCUGGAAGUGCCCAUCCGAGAGGCCGAGGCCCAGCCCUUUGAGGUGCUCAUGCAGUUCCUGUACACAGAUAAGAUAAAGUAUCCCCGCAAAGGUCAUGUGCAGGAUGUGUUACUCAUUAUGGAUGUGUACAAGCUGGCCUUAAACUUCAAGCUCUCUCGGCUGGAACAGCUCUGCCUUCAGUAUAUCGAGGCAUCUGUAGAUCUGCAGAAUGUGCUUAUUGUGUGUGAGAAUGCUAACAAGCUUCAGCUGGAUCAGCUAAAGGAACAUUGCCUGAACUUUGUGGUGAAGGAAUCCCAUUUUAAUCAAGUCAUAAUGAUGAAGGAGUUUGAGCAUCUUUCCUCAUCCCUCAUUGUGGAGAUUGUGCGGAGAAAGCAGCAGCCUCCUGUCCGAACACACUCUGACCAGCCGCUCGACAUCGGAACAUCUUUAAUUCAGGACAUGAAGGCUUACCUGGAAGGAGCUGGGACUGAAUUCUGUGAUAUCAUCCUGCUCCUAGACGGGCACCCACGGCCAGCCCACAAAGCCAUCCUGGCAGCUCGCUCCAGUUACUUUGAAGCUAUGUUCCGUUCAUUCAUGCCAGAAGAUGGGCAGGUGAACAUUUCUAUAGGUGAAAUGGUUCCCAGCAAGCAAGCAUUCGAGUCCAUGCUCAGAUAUAUCUAUUAUGGAGAAGUGAACAUGCCUCCUGAGGACUCCCUAUACCUCUUUGCAGCACCUUACUAUUAUGGCUUCUCCAACAACAGGCUCCAGGCCUACUGUAAGCAGAACCUGGAAAUGAAUGUCACAGUGGAGAAUGUGCUCCAGAUCUUGGAGGCAGCUGACAAGACCCAGGCCCUGGACAUGAAGAGGCACUGCCUGCACAUCAUCGUUCACCAGUUCACCAAGGUCUCCAAGUUGCCAAAUCUCCGCUCGCUCAGUCAGCUCCUCCUCCUUGACAUCAUAGAUUCCUUAGCUACCCACAUCUCAGACAAGCAGUGUGCAGAGCUGAGUGCAGACAUAUGACAUGCCUUGGAAAACCACCUUCUCAGUUGUUCCUGAAAAACACUGGCACUUUAGAGCUGGCUCUGGUUUACUGUUGCAUAUGGGGUAGCUCAGUGUCUGCACACUUCACCAACCCUCGAGGAGCAGAGACAGCUGAGGUGCUCUCUCUGGAUUUGCUGGGUUUGUACCUUGGUGCAACUGUUGGACUUCAUUACAUUUGUUACCCAAAUGUAGACCUGAAAUCAUUGCAGGGGUGAAUUAAUUCCACGUGGUUUGGGGAGUUACUAAGUUCAUAAUCAAGCCCAUUAUUUCUUUCAUACUGUAAAAUCAAGCAGUCAUGAGUAAGAGUCACUAAUCCUUUGAAAUACAGUAUGUAAAGAAUACUAUUUAAAGAGCUUCAGCUGACCCAGCCCGAGGGCUGUAAGGGGAAGUCAGAACCAAACUGGGAACAAGAGUGCCUGGUGUUCACAGGGAACUGGCCCUUGGACCAGAAUGUAGUGACUUUUCAGAGACUCCGUGGUGUGGAUUAACAGAUAAGCCCCUGUGCAGCGGCCCAGAUUGGUGGGCUGCAGGAAUCCAGACCUAUGCUCUGCAGCAGGUCAGACUGGAAGAUUACAGCAGUCCUCUCUGACCAUCAAAUCCAUUAAUCCUGUCUUGCUAAGCCUUUCUAAAUCUAUUUAUUAAUAAAGAAUUAGCAUCUUCUCCUGGCA